UAAUAACAAGAUUAAAAGAUGUCACCUGUCGGGACUUUAGGGGCUCUAUCGUUAAUCAAUCAUUCUCAGGGGGGGCCCUCUCAGCUCAGGGUUCCCCAGGCAUAGCCACAUACCCCGUUGUUACGGCCCUGCUCUAGAGACAUGACACUAAGAUAUUUCUUCUUCAUGUGUGUUAACUGUAUCUCAUCUGGCAGAGGACCCGUGUUUAAUAUAACAUCACCAGUACUUCUCAACUUAUUCCACACUGGCUUCAAAAUGGAGAAGUGAGGUCCGGAGUGAUUGAGCCUCAGAGAGGAGGCAGCAGCAGCGGCGCUGGGAGGCUGCUGUGGGUCGUGGUGACACCGCUGGCCUGAUGCCUUACAUGGGCAAACCUCUCCACUCACCGAGGCGGCUGGAAUUUCAGAGCGUGACGUCAGCGCCCCGCAACUCUCCCAGAAUUUGUUGGAUCGCGAAGUUUCACUUUUUUUCGCAGGGAUUCGAGCCUCAGUUUCCUGGAGAGCGAGAUUUCAACACACAGUAAGGAGUGUCACUUUUAAAACUCUGCAGAAAUCCCAAACGUCCAGAGAGGAGAAAAGGUGUCUGAUCCUGUUCUUCCCAUCGUCACUUAGUGUUAAAAUUUGGAACCAUGUGGAACCCAGCGAACAGUAACGACCAGACAGGACAAGUGGCUGCCAGGAUGGAGACCACACCGUCUUUGGGUAGUGCGAGCAUCUCCAUCUCCCAGCAGCAGGCACCCAAGAAAUUUGCCCCGAUGGUUGCACCCAAGCCCAAGUUCAACCCUUACAAACAGAUGGGAGAGCCCAGCCAGCCUGACCCCGCAGACUAUCCUCCCCCUCCACCACCUGCCGAAGAAUCAACCGGUUUCCACUCAUCCCCUGGUUCCUUACCCCCGCCACCGAUGAACUCCUAUGAUUAUCAGAUGAAGGGACCAGAGAAGACACUGGAGGAGAGACGCUCCAGUCUGGAUGCUGAGAUCGACUCCCUCACCAGUAUCCUGGCAGACCUGGAGAGCAGCUCGCCCUACAAGCCGCGGAGCGCACAAAACUCUGGAUCCUCAGCAACCUCAACUCCCAGUGCUCCUGUAACUGGUUACAAGCGCAUGGUCAUUCCAACUCAGCCACCGCUUACUGCAACUAAGAAGUCUACACCCAAACCUCAGAUUCCUGGGGGAGUCUCUUCUACCCCCCCUUCCUCUGUCAGCCCGGCAGCCAAGCCUCAGAGUCACAUGGCUCCUCAGCCUGUCCCAGCAUCCUAUGCUACAGCUUCAACCCCAAGCCAGCCCACCUUUAACGUCCAGGUGAGGUCAGCCCAGCCUGGCCCCCAGCAUCAAGCCCCUGCAGGGCACCAUUUUGGCCAGCAGCCUAUUCGCAGCCCUGCACAGGUGCAAUACAUGCCUGCCCAGCCCAGAGGUCCUGAUUUUGCCUACGGACCACCACAGCCUGGUUUCUCCCCCAUGAGUCAAGGUGCAUAUCAAGAACAGCACCAUCCAGGAGUAGCUCAAGUUGGUGGGCUAAGCUCCAGGAGACUUGAACCUGCCCCAACCCAAGCAUACCAGCCUCCUGGCCCCAAGAAGACCUACAUCACAGAUGUACCACCAAGUCUGGCUUCCUAUACUUCUGGACCAGCUGUCCCACCAAAGGGCAGUGCUCCUAUGGCCCACCCUGAAGACGAGCUGGAGCGCCUGACCAAGAAGAUGCUGUUUGACAUGGACAACCCUCCAUCUGAGGAAUAUUUUGGGCGCUGUGCCAGCUGUGGAGAGAACGUGGUGGGUGAAGGCACCGGUUGCACUGCCAUGGACCAGGUCUUCCAUGUCGACUGCUUCGUCUGCAUGACCUGCAGCACCAAGCUGCGUGGCAAGCCCUUCUAUGCUGUGGAGAAGAAGGCGUACUGCGAGCCUUGCUAUAUUAACACCCUUGAGACCUGCAACAUCUGCAGUAAGCCCAUCAUGGAGCGCAUCCUGCGGGCUACAGGGAAAGCCUACCACCCUCACUGCUUCACCUGUGUGGUGUGCCACCGCAGCCUGGAUGGCAUCCCUUUCACCGUGGACGCUUCCAACCACAUCCACUGCAUCGAGGACUUUCACAAGAAGUUCGCUCCACGCUGCUGUGUGUGCUCUGAGCCUAUAAUGCCAGCGCCAGGCCAGGAGGAGACCGUCCGUAUUGUGGCCCUGGACCGCGACUUCCAUGUGCAGUGCUACCGCUGUGAGGACUGUGGCUCUCUGCUCUCAGAGGGGGACAACCAGGGCUGCUACCCUCUGGACGGACACGUCCUCUGCAAAAACUGUAACACCAGCCGCAUCCAGGCCCUCACCGCCAAGGCCACCACUGACCUCUGAACAAGCCGGCGCCCGGUCACCUCCACUGUGAUUACCCAACGCUCGCUCUCUCUCACUCUUUCUCCUUCACUCCCUCCCUUUCUCGCAGGCAUACCCAUCCCCCACUUGCAUUCACCAUAUAUACACAUUUGAAUAUAUUCUAUAUUCACCUUCAGCAACAAAGAAGACCAUCACAUGUUCACCUAUAUUAUCUAUAGACUCAGUACAGUCACAGCAGAAGAGACAGUGCUCGUGUCUCAAUUCAGGGGCUGUCCUACUUUGAAGGCUCCUUGAAAUGCUUCCCUCCACCCACCAAACUAUAUCCACGAAGCUCAAUAAUCUUGUAUCUCAUUUGUGGUUUUUCAAGGGGGUUAUUUGCUGCUUCUGGCCAAGAAAUAUUCCUACACAUAACCCACCACCGUCCACCACCAUAAAGCCGCAACAUGGGCAGCAUUGGAGGAGCUCAUUUGCAGAUUAGUUUUUUUUUUAUCUGGACAGACCUCUGUUAGCUAUUUUCCCCAUUCCCAGUCUUAACAUUAAGGUACUAUACAAAAAUAGAAGUGGCGUUAAACUUCUCAUCCAACUUACAACAAGAGAGCAAAUAAUCGUUUUUUCCCCAAAGUGUUAAACUGUUGAAUUACUCUGAAUCCAUCAGUUACAAUUUACAUCAUCACUCAGUGUUAUUAUCUCAUAUCAUAAUUAUCUUCAGCCAGUAUCUUCCAGCCACUGUGCACAGCCAUGCGUUUAAGCAUGCAACCCAAAUUUUACAUACUGACUGGUUCUCGUGAUCUAAAAUCUGAGUGCACGAGAACAUGCAGGAUGUUUGACACAUGUGCCCUGCAGGUGAAGUGGGUGUGUGUGUGUGAGUGUGUUCAGAAAAACCAUGGAGCGUUCAGUAAAUCAUUUAGUUUAUUCUUUCAUCUUUAUUAUAGUGCACAUGCGCUGACAGCACACACAGAGGAAUGGAAUUACACAGUGAAGCUUAUUAUUAUAGAACAGUUCUGCAUAACUGAACACCAAAGAAUUGAAUUUAAGCUGCCGUGUGUAGUAAUUCUGUUUGCAACUAUAUGAUACAUUUCAUUCAGUGUGUGGAUCGCUUGAAACACAAGACACAGAACAAAAUCUUGUCGGUGCACCGUUCCUGGAGGUACUGAAAUACCAGGUCGAUAAAUGCAAUUCUCCUUUUUUAACAUAAUAUUGUCUUUGUACUUUCCUGUAGACUUUGCUUUGAUAUAAACAGUAUAUAACGUUUGUGUUGGCCUGAACUGUACAAUCAAGACAUUCCAUUCAUAGAAACAUGGCCUGUUAGAGCAGAUAGACCAUAGAUCAAUUACCAUGCCAUGGAUUAGAUCAGUGACUGCACUGUAAGCAGUCUGGCAGGGAAAAAAACAAUAUGACAUGGCUAUGCAAUUUUUAAUGUUAAUUGCAUUGACACUUUAUAAGAAAUUUUAUGAAUAAGGAAAUAUUUUACCUGUACAGAUCCAAGCAUAAGUGUCCUUAUAUUAAUCCUUUAAUCCAGACUAUGCUGGUACUGUUUGACUUUGUGCGUCACUGUGCUGUGUGUCAGUAUUGACUGCCGUCUUUUAUAUCUAGUGUUUGUUUAACGUUGAUGGGUGAAGAAGGGACCUUUCCCACAUAUGAUUUUAUUUUUAUUGUUUGUUCCACUAAAGGUGAUGGACCAGUAGUUUGACUGCUUGAUUUGAUCUGAUUUAAUGAGACAUUUAAAGAUGGUGAGUUAAAUGUACCCUGUGGAAUUUUCACCACUCAUUCCUGGUGUCUCCUCACUCAGUGAGAGCGACAAAGACACUAAAUGACUAUAAAACGAUCGCAAUGAGACACAAAGAGAUGUGAAAUGACUAUUAAGAGGAUUUUAGUUUCGGGGUGUGGCGUUUAUGUAGGAGGGGUCAGGCACCUUUAACAUGCACAUCAUCCAAGGGUCCAAUAUCCAUGGCAAUAGGAGUCACAGUGCAUGUGGGUGAUAUGAUAUGAACACUUUUAACAACUGGUUUCACACCAUUUCACUGAUCAACAAUAUUGUCAGUGAAGUAGAGAAGACUACACGCUCGUGAAGAGGAUGUAAACAUUGAACAUUUUUAAAAACAAACAGUUUUGUGAAUCUGCAAAAUCUUUUCAUUCGAUGGAUAUAAAUCUUUGUUGCAGGAUACACACAAUAUGUUUUGGUGACAAAUUGUGAUAUUAAACCAAACUUAACUUAGUUUACAUCAUCCACAGGGUACCUUUAAACACCAUAGACAAUGUUAUUCAUACUGGUCGGCCAGUUCAUUAUCUGGACUGUUUUUUUACAGUCAAACCACAUCACCACAAACCAGAGUUUUUAAAACCCCUGAUUACAAAUGUCCUGUGCAUGUGUAUUUAUAGGUUAUGAACAUUAUUAUUUACGGAGACUUCUCUCUUCUUCUUCCUGGUGUUUUCCUCUCACAUUAAGUUUAGUGCCAUCUGGACAUGAUAGAAAGUGAUUAUACGAACAAAUGAAUCUCUAUUUACUUUAUGUAUUAUAAUCUGAAUGUGGUCACAGGAGACUUGUGAGAUCAGUUUGAGUGUGGCACUAUUUCACCAGGGUAACACAAUGUAAAUGUAUGUGCUAAUAAGAUCAUUCAUUAAUUAACUGUGAUUACAACAAAUUGCCUUCAGCAGAAUUAUAGGAAAAGACUGAAGUUUUUAAUAUUCCUUAACAUCCAGUAAAAACUUGUGUUUGAGCUGAAGGUGAGAAGGUGGGACGGAGUGUGAACUCUGUUUAUUUGGUUCUCAGACGCACUGCGUGCACAGACAGAAGCAGCCUCACACGCCUCGAGCGGGAAGCAGAGGGAGGCUGCUUCUCUCGAAGGUUAGGCAACCUCAACUCCAUAUCCUGAGGAAUUUUUUUCAUCAAUAUCUGACGCGCAUAUUUAGCCAGACAGUUCAUCGGUCACAGAGAAAUACCAACCGACAGCAAGACCUCGGCAGCUUCAGAAAAAUCAUCUCAGUGCAGCGCCUGAGAAAGAAAUUUUAGUGCGUCUUAAAAACAUGUUUAAGUGUCUCAAAGGUGUCACAAAACUCAAGCUAGUUAGUCUAUUUAUAUCCAUCGUGAGCAUGUUUUAUCAUUUUAUUGGUCUUUUCUCAAGUUACAAACUUAUAUUCUGCUUAUUCUGUCUCCUCCACUUACACAAGCUCCAUCGCGUCCUCGCUGACUGUGGCCAUUUGACACCUGAGACAUCUGAUUACCUCUGGUUUCUAGGCAACAGAGGACAAAAAAAGCCACACUCCAUAUAUCAUUAUGUCACUUACUGUACGUUGCUAGGUUUCAGCUCAUAGAUGUAGCCGAGCAUCGGGCGGAGUUAGCAUGUGACGCAGGCAGCGUGUUAAAGGUCGCUGCGGGGCCCUGUGACCUGCUGCGAUAAUUAGACAAGCAGUGUUGAAGGUUACAACAGGGGUUUUACAUCUGCUGAUGAAAACACAGAUGAAGAUGUCAAAGUGACUCCAGAGGCAGAGAAAACAAUCCUUCAUCCCGGCAGUCGAUGAAUUUAAAAAAGCAGUAUAGUGGUUCUCAUUUGAAAUUAUUCUUCAGGUAUCAGGUGCAGAGCUCAUUCAGUACUCAUCGCCUCAGUUUUCUAUAGUAGCCUUAAAGUUGUGAUGCAUUAUUCUGAUGUCACGCUCUUGGGACAACAUUGUUAUACUAUUAUUACACUGUUGAAUCAUUCCAGAGUUGUUUAACUUCAUCUGUGACAGUCUGAGGAAGCGCAGAGUAAAUGGGAGCUUCAGAUCAAACAUCUGUGGAAAGAAGUAGUUUGCAUCUUUGCAGAGUGAGUGUUCUUAAAUUAGACAUUUUAUAUGAAAAACAAUGAAACAUGCAGUAAACGUCUUCACAGCACAUGGUGUGAGAGGAAGAACAAAUUGUAACAGUGUGUUAAAGGGAAUUUAAUGUAAUUGAUGUAAGAGAACAUUACUGUGUAACAACUUUAAAUAUUUUAGCCAGCAUAUAAGAUGUGAGGUCAUUUAAAGCUGUGCUAAUCAUUUGUAUAUUAACAGUAGAUUCAGUAAUAGAGUGCAAUGUAAAACGCGUUGCUCCUGGUGACGAUCCCACAAAGAAUCGUAGCCAGAUUCUGCAGUUUCACUCAGCUACCAAACUUUAGUGUCUUUCAGCUCAUUGUUCUGGUUUUAUGUUGUGCACCUUCACUGUUUUGGAAAACAGAAAACAGAGCUCCAUUGAACCAGCCGCUUCUAUAAAACCCUUAACACAACAUGUGACAUAAACCAAACUCGCAAAACCAGAAUCACCAUAAUACUCAUCCUGAUGAAAGUCUUUCGUGGUUUUAGGUGUUAAAUUCAUUUUUUUCAGUAUUUCAUUAUUAGCAUGUAUUUUACAAUGUGUACCCUGGUCUGGUCCAUGAGCACAGAUGUGAAUCUAUGCUUUAGUUUUUCAUUGUGCCAUUACAGCUGUGUUACACUCCUGUUUGCUGGAUUUGUCAGCGGACACAUCACACAUGUUUGUGGGAGCAUAUUCGACAUGAAUCUACUCGAGACGUCUGAUGCUUUAAGUACAGAGACCAUUUAAUGAUUUUCAGUGUAUUUGUGUUGUGUUACUGUCUUUGUUCUACCCAAGUGUGUAAAAGUGCCCUCGGCUGAGCAGCACUGAAUCACUAAACUGUUCAUAUGUCGCUGUGCCUCAAGAUGCUGCCUUGUUUACUUGUGUUUUGCCAAAGUAAAUAAACAGGCUGCCUUUUGUUUGUUAGUCCGUACAGGGGGUGUCUGUAUCAGGUGCGGUGACUUUAAGACCAGCAGCAGUCUGAAACGCUGCUGUGUGUGAGAGAGCUUGACCCCCUGUUGAUAAAGUUAAGCGUCUCAUCUGUUCUUCAUCAUUGGAAGGGGCAUGUAGUCGACUGUUGUUUUCUCUUCUUCAAUAAAAAGCUUUUGCAACAGCA